AUGUCUAAAAUACCAACUAACGCCAACAGUAUUGGUAAGAAAUUUCGUACGAGUCUACUGCUAUGCCUGGCUACAAUCCUUUUAGUACUAUUUACUAAAGAAAUAACUAUUUGGACCCCAUUUACUGAAUCGAUCAAAGAGGAAUACUGUCCUGCACGGUUUCCACUCCAUGCUUCAGAUGACUUGUCCGUGCAAAAUAUUUUGCAUGACCCAGAAUAUAAGCAAUUAAGUAUUAAAAGACUUGCUGGAGCUAUUCAAAUCCCAACAGUGAUACACGAUGAUAACCCUCAACCAAAAUAUUCUCCAGAAUAUUAUAAAGAAUGGUACACCUUCCAUGAAUAUCUAGCUGAACAAUUUCCAUUAGUGCAUAAAUAUUUGAAAAAAGAAACUGUGAAUAAUGCAUCUUUACUGUAUACGUGGCAAGGCUCAAACCCUGAUCUAAAACCAAUAAUAUUCUCAGCUCACAUAGAUGUAGUUCCUGUAGAAUCAAGCACUGUUCAGCAAUGGGAACACCCUCCAUUUUCAGGUCAUUAUGAUGAAGAAAGUGAUACGAUAUGGGGUCGUGGAUCCUUUGAUGCAAAGAAUUUGCUGAUCGCCCAGUUUGAAGCCAUCGAACAUUUACUUUCAUCAGGUAAAUUUACCACCAAACGUACCAUAUUGUUAUCAUAUGGUCAUGAUGAAGAGACCGGUGGUGCACAAGGUGCAAAUAGUAUUUCUAAAUUGUUAUUGAACAGAUAUGGUCCAAAGGGUAUUCUGGCUCUCUUCGACGAGGGUGCAGGUGUCAUACCACUAAAGGAUAAUAAGACAUUCGUUGCUGCAAUCUUAAAUAGUGAAAAGGGUUACGUUGAUUUAGCAAUCAAACUUAGUGGAACGGGUCCAGGUAGAACAGGACAUUCAUCACAACCCCCUGAUCAUACACAUAUUGGUGUAGCAGCGGAUUUGAUCAGUUUAUUGGAGAAACAUUCAUUUAAAUCCAAUUUUAAAGUAACCAAUCCAACAUUUGAGUUUCUUACUUGUGCAGCAGAACAUUCCUUAGGUUUACCGAGAUAUUUACAAUGGCUGAUUAGUUCUGCACGUCAUAAUCGUUUAGCUGAAUACGCCUUGGGUCGUUUACUUGAUGCACAAGAAAGUUUUAAAUAUUAUUUCAAGACAAGUCAAGCCAUAGAUAUUAUACAAGGUGGAAACAAAGCUAAUGCACUACCAGAAUACGUUACUUUCACAAUAAAUCACAGAAUAGAAAUCGAAUCAUCAGUUAAUGAAACUAUAUCUCACUUCAUUUCAUUAGCGAAAAUUAUUGCAUCAAAAUAUCAUUAUAGUAUUUUUCUCGACGGUAAAACUGUAAUAAAUGAACAUCCUCAAAAAGAGCUUGCCCCUGCUUCAAUCGAUAUUCAACCAAUAGGGUUAUUGGAACCAUCUCCAAUCACUCCCGCAGAAGGUGAUUUAUGGGAUAUUCUAACUGGUACAGUACAAUACAUAUUUGAAGAUUCCAUGGGAAAAACAAGUGCGUCAAAUCUUUUCAUGGCACCAGCUCUUUCCCCUGGUAAUACAGACUCAAAACAUUUCUGGGAUGUGACAGAUCACAUCUACAGAUUUAUUGGCUCUAUUGUCCCUUCUGACAUCUUGGAUACAACACAUUCAGUAAACGAACAUUUUGUUAUGAACCAUCAUUUACAGACAAUCGCAUUUGUACAUCAAUUUAUCCUCAAUAUCAAUACGUUUGGCCCUGAUUUAUAG